AUGGAUAUGGAUGAUCUACAAGACCUUCGAGACUUCGAGAAAGUUCUACCACCAGUAACGACCCAAACAACUGUACCAAACAACUUGAUUCCCAGAAGUGAUGGAACUACAUUAGGAGUUAUAGUCCAGAAAGAACAGGAUAGCCCAGUUGGCUCUGGUUCGGACGUGAAUGACUCUGAAGCUUUGAAAGAUCAUGUCAGGAGUGUACACGGCUUUACGUGGGUUCUAGUUGUCUUCGCUAUCACAGGAUCGACAUUUUUAUAUGCUUUAGAUAACACUAUCGUCGCAGAUGUUGGCAUUGAUGUCGUCUCAACACUGGGACAAAUUGAGAAGCUUCCCUGGCUCGGAACAGCCUUUACAUUGUCAUCGAUGUCGACUAUUCUGGUCUGGUCAAAGGUAUAUACCUUGUGGAAUGCGAAGCCAUUAUAUUUUUUCUCAUCUGUCAUAUUUGAGAUCGGCUCAGCGCUCUGUGGUGCUGCCCCGACGAUGAAUGUAAUGAUUGUGGGGAGAGCAAUUGCUGGACUAGGUGCAUCCGGUAUUUAUAUCGGCUCUUUGACCCUUAUAUCCGUAAAUACGUCUGAGCAGGAACGUUCCAAGUAUAUGAGCUACACGGGCCUCAGCUGGGGCGCAGGUUUUGUUUUAGGACCCGUAAUCGGAGGUGCUUUUGCUGAGAGUAAUGCCACAUGGCGCUGGGCCUUCUAUAUCAAUCUGGUUCUCUUCGGUGUUUUCGGACCUAUCAUUGUCUUUAUGGUACCCACCUGGGAUCCCAAGAAGGGAGAAGUCCUUCCUUUCACUGCUAGGGGUAAACAGAUGGACUGGAUAGGUUCCGUUCUUGAAAUUGGGGCCUGCGUCGCAGGAGUCAUGGCAAUCAGUUUUGGAGGUACAAUCUAUCAGUGGGGCAGUGGGCAGACGAUCGCCUUGUUCGUUACAUCGGCUGUGCUGUUCAUUUUGUUUGCCUUGCAGCAAACUCUUUGCUUCAUGACAAGGCCUGAGGAGAGGAUAUUUCCAGUUCAGUUUAUGCGCAAUAAAGAUAUGAUCCUGUUAUGGCUUAUCACCGCUGCAGUUGCAGGCUCAGUUUUGGUACCCAUCUACUAUAUACCCAUCUUUUUCCAACUUGUUCAUGGCGAUGGACCAGUCGACGCUGCUGUUCGACUCCUCCCUAUUGUCAUGACAUAUGUCUUUAUGGUCAUGAUGGGAGGGUUCGUUGUCUCUCUUACAGGUUCAUGGUGGCCUUGGUUCUUCAUCGGAGGUGUGCUAGCCACUAUUGGCGAGGCUCUUCUUUACGACGAUAUCAGUCCUGCCAGCGACACUUCCAGUAUAUACGGUUACAGCUCUCUCAUCGGCAUCGGCGCUGGCGCUAUCGGCCAGCUCUUCUAUUCCGUCGCACAAUUUAAAGUCAAGCCGAAUGAAAUUCCUGCUUCCAUUGGUUUCAUCUGCAUGGGCCAGUAUCUCGGUCUUACCGUAUCUCUGUGUGUCUCCGGUUCGGUGUUUCUUAACGUCGCCCAGAAAACUGUUGCAGCGCUGCUACCGCCAGAAACGCCUCUCCAGAUAGUGCGAGCCAUAAUUCAAGGUACAGACCAAACGUUGCUUCUAGCACAAACAAUCCAGGUACAACAAGAGAUUCUGGUAGCGGUAGUAGAUGCAAUUAAGAAUACGUAUAUUGUUAGCCUACUUGGGGCAGCGCUGACAGUUGUGGCGACGUUAUUGCUCAAACCUGUAGGACAAAAGUUCUCAAAGUAA